AUGGCAUCCGUCACGUUUUCUGAAAACACGGCGUCCGUCUCAGAGCCAUUAGUGCUUUCGCCCGUCGCCGCAGACGUGCCCGGCGUGACGGACAACGUCACACGCGGCACGCUCGCGCUCGCUGACGACACGACGUACGCUGGGUACUCGUUCGGCGCGGACAAGAGCGUGUCGGGCGAAGUGGUGUUCAACACGGGCAUGGUCGGGUACCCCGAGGCGCUGUCCGACCCGUCGUACUGCGGCCAGAUCCUCGUGCUCACGUACCCGUUGAUUGGCAACUACGGCGUGCCGGACAUGAACGUCAAGGACGAGUUCAACUUGCCCAAGUUCUUCGAGUCCAACACGGUGCACAUCUCGGGGCUCAUCGUGUCCGAGUACUCGUUCCAGCACAGCCACUGGAACGCCGUCAAGUCGCUCGGCGACUGGCUCAAGGAGCACGACGUGCCGGCGCUCUUUGGCAUUGACACGCGCAUGCUUACGAAGCGCAUUCGCUCGCGUGGCGCGGUGCUCGGCAAGAUUGAGUUUGCCGGUCAGCCCAUGACGAUUCAAGACCCGAACAAGCUCAACCUCGUGGCUCAAGUCACGACCAAGGACGUGGUAGUGUACAACGAGGGCGCGUCGCCCAAGAUUGUGGCGUUUGACUGCGGCAUGAAGCACAACAUCAUCCGGUACUUGGUCUCCAAGGGCGUGGAGCUCACGGUCGUGCCGUACGACUACGACCUGCCGCAGAGCGAGCUGCAGUACGACGGUGUCUUUAUCAGCAACGGUCCAGGGGACCCGACGAUGGCGUCCAAGACCGUUGAAAGCAUUCGAUGGGCAAUCAACUUGGAGAACCCCAAGCCGAUCUUUGGUAUCUGUCUGGGUAACCAGAUCCUGGCCCUUGCUGCAGGUGCGACGACGUACAAGAUGAAGUACGGCAACCGCGGAAUGAACCAGCCCUGCAUUGACAUGCGCACGACGCGGUGUUACAUUACGCCGCAGAACCACGGCUACGCAGUUGACUCCAACUCGCUGCCGGAUGGAUGGAAGACGUUCUUUAUGAACGCCAAUGACAAGUCGAACGAAGGCAUCAUCCACGAAUACAAGCCUUUCUUCUCGGUGCAGUUCCACCCCGAGGCGUGUGGUGGCCCUACGGACACGGCUUUCCUCUUUGAUAUGUUCCUGGAGAAGGUGAACAGCGCUCCGCCCAAGCUUACAGUCUUGGACACUUCUCUGUACGACUGCCCGACGUUUUCCAAGGUACUGCUGCUGGGUUCGGGCGGGCUGUCCAUCGGCCAGGCAGGCGAGUUCGACUACUCUGGCUCACAGGCUAUCAAGGCUUUGCGCGAAGAAGGUGUGACCGUGAUCCUGGUGAACCCGAACAUUGCCACCGUGCAGACUUCCAAGGGUCUGGCUGACAAGGUGUACUUUGUACCAGUGCGUGCCGAGACAGUGUUGGAGAUCAUAAAGAAGGAGAAGCCGGAUGGUAUCUUGGUGAGUAUGGGUGGUCAGACAGCUCUGUCGGUUGGUAUUGAGCUGUACUUGAACGGAGACCUCGAGCGCUACCACGUCCGUGUCAUGGGCACGCAGAUUGAGUCGAUUAUUGACACGGAAGAUCGUGAGAAAUUCUCGGCAAAGCUAGAUGAGAUUGGCGAGACCAUCGCUCUGAGCCACCCGGCUACGACUGUUGAGGGUGCUUUGAAGGCUGCGAACGAUAUUGGCUACCCUGUGCUGGUGCGUUCUGCUUUCGCUUUGGGCGGUCUUGGCUCGGGUUUCGCUGAGAACGACGAGGAACUGCGUGCGCUGGCCACCAAGGCGCUUCACGGUUCGGCUUCAAAAGGAUCGAUCAAGCAGAUUUUGAUCGACCAAGACCUGCGCGGUUGGAAAGAGGUUGAAUACGAGGUUGUGCGCGAUGCGAAGGACAACUGCAUCACGGUGUGCAACAUGGAGAACUUCGAUCCGUUGGGCAUCCACACGGGCGACUCGAUUGUCGUUGCUCCGUCGCAGACGUUGUCAAACAGUGAGUACUUCAAGCUUCGCUCGACGGCCCAGAAGGUGGUUCGUCACUUGAACAUUGUCGGCGAGUGUAACAUCCAGUACGCGUUGGACCCGCACUCAGAGCGCUAUUGUAUCAUCGAAGUCAAUGCUCGUCUGUCCCGCUCCAGUGCCCUUGCGUCGAAGGCUACAGGAUACCCGUUGGCCUAUGUCGCGACCAAGAUCUCGUUGGGCAUUGACCUCGUUACAAUCAAGAACAGUGUGACGAAGACGACGACGGCCUGCUUCGAGCCCAGCCUGGACUACUGUGUCGUGAAGAUGCCGCGUUGGGAUUUGAAGAAGUUUUCGCGCGUGUCAAACGACUUGGGUAGCUACAUGUUAUCGGUGGGUGAGGUGAUGUCGAUUGGCCGCAACUUUGAGGAGUGUAUUCAGAAAGCUGUGCGAAUGGUGAAUCCGAACCUGGAUGGCCUGGAUGGCAAUGCUGUCGACAAUGAGACGAACCCCGAGGUGCUCGACGCUCAGUUGAGCCACCCCACGGACGAGCGUCUAUUCUACAUCAUCUCGGCUUUGGAUGCUGGAUACACGAUUGACCGCGUGCAUGAGUUGACAAAGAUCGACAAGUGGUUUUUGUCCAAGUUGGCACGCAUCUCGACGCUUCGUCAGUCCGUCCCCAAGUUCACUCUGGACACGCUGAGUGAGCGCUUUAUGCGCACACUGAAAGUAAACGGUUUCUCCGAUCGUCAGAUCGCUGCCAAGCUGCCGAACGCCUCUGCUAUGCAAGUGCGCGAGCGCCGCAAAGCUUUGGGCAUUCUGCCUUGCGUGAAGCAGAUCGAUACGCUAGCUGCUGAGUUCCCGGCGCAGACGAAUUACUUGUACAUGACGUAUGGUGGCUCCGAGGACGAUAUCCCGGCGAGCGAGGAGGCGAUUGUGGUGUUAGGCUGUGGUGCGUACUGCAUCGGUUCGUCCGUGGAGUUUGACUGGUGCGGUGUAAGCGCCGUUCGUACGAUCCGCGAGCUCGGCAAGCCAGCGAUAGUGGUCAACUACAACCCCGAGACAGUGAGUACAGACUACGACGAGAGUGACCGCCUGUACUUCGAGGAGCUGAGUCUGGAACGUGUGCUGGACAUCUGUGACCGUGAGAAUCCGGAGGGCGUGAUUGUGUCUGUUGGUGGCCAGAUCCCUAACAACCUGGCAAUGCCGCUGUCCAAGGCCGGCGUGAACAUUUUAGGCACGGAUCCGGAGAGCAUCGAUCAGUGCGAGGACCGUAACAAGUUCUCGGCGCUUCUGGACACGCUGGGCGUUGACCAGCCACGCUGGGCCGAGGUGAAAGAGAUUGGUGCCGCCCUGGAGUUUGCGAAGGAGGUGCAAUACCCGGUGCUCGUUCGCCCGAGCUAUGUCCUUUCGGGUGCAGGCAUGAUCGUGGCUUCUGACGAGUGUCAGCUAGAGAACUACUUGAACAGUGAUGCUGUGAAGAUAUCGCGCUCGAUCAGCGUGUCGAAGUUUAUCUUGAAUGCCAAGGAGAUCGAGUUUGACGGUGUCGCCAAGGAUGGCGCCAUCUUAAACUACGCCAUGUCAGAGCAUGUGGAAAACGCGGGCGUGCACUCUGGUGACGCUACGCUGGUGCUGCCCGCGCAGAAGUUGUACGUGGGCACGAUUAAGCAGGUGAAGCGCAUUGCCAGUGCAAUCGCCCAGGCGCUGAACAUUACUGGACCGUUCAACAUCCAGCUGAUGGCCCGUGAUAACGAUGUGAAGGUGAUUGAGUGCAACCUGCGUGCCUCGCGUACGUUCCCUUUCAUCUCCAAAACAUUUGACGUGAACUUCAUCAACCUGGCAACCAAGGCGAUGAUCGGCCUGCCGGUCAAGUCGGUGCCGAUUGCUUUGAUCGACAUUGACUACGUCGGUGUAAAAGCGCCGCAGUUUUCGUUCACUCGUCUACACGGGGCCGACCCGAGCUUGGGUGUCGAGAUGGCUUCAACUGGUGAGGUGGCGUGCUUCGGUACCGACAUGCACGAGGCGUACUUGAAGGCGCUGUUGAGCGCUGGUUUCAAGAUGCCUAAGGAAAAGAAGGUGCUGAUCUCGAUCGGUAGCGAAGACAUCAAGCGCGAAUUUGUGGAAGGUGCUCUCAUUCUACAGGAGUUGGACUACACGAUCUACGCUACACUUGGCACGCACGAGUACUUGAACACUCACGGUAUCAAGAGCAUCGCGUUGCGCAAGCCGUCGGACCCCGAGAGCGAUCUGCCGAGCGUAAUUGACUACAUUUCGUCGGGCAAGAUCGAGCUGGUGAUCAACGUGCCGGAGGGCACGAACCGUGAAGAGCUGACGAGCGGUUACAAGAUCCGUCGUGCCGCGGUGGACUUUGGUGUAUCGCUCAUUAACAACAUCAAGUGUGCGCUGCUGUUCGCACAGGCUACACAGAAGGUGCGCAAGCUCGAGAUCUGCAAUAUCUCUGAGUACUACGCGAUGCCCACGAUCGGCUGGCGUCCGGGCCAGAAGCUCACGGCGCGCAAGAUGUCCAUAUUUUAA